AUGCUUUUGCAUAAAUUGCCUUUGUUCCGACAGGACGUCUUCAGCAUCCGACUGGACUCAGCUACCUGCUUUCUGGAGCCACUUCACCGAUUCGUGGUGGAAGUGCUGAAUCCUGGAUUGAAGGCUCAGCAAUCUUUCCUCGGGCAACUGCCUCAAGUUGAGCUGAGGAACUACUACGACUACGAGGUGAAAGAGGUCGAGUUGCUGAGAGUUGAACGGGAAAACACUGGACCCUAUGGGGAGUUCAACUUUUGGAAGUGCCGCAUGGUGCACAUGAACUCACUCGUUCUUGGUCUAAAGCGUCCUGACAUUCAGACGUUGAUUUCGGCUCUCAAGAAUUCACGCUCUCACGUCUAUACGGACUAUCAGUAA